CUUUGAAUCACCAUACCACCAUCAUGGCAGAACCAUCCUCACCAACAGGUUCAACAAAACCACUCAACAACUUUGGCCACAGACCACCAUUUUCAAGCUCAAAAUCCAAAUGCUUUGUUAUCGUCAUUGCUAUUGUCCUGUUGUUAUCCCUUGUUUCUCUCAUUCUCUUCUUUACCCUUUCUUCAAAGACCAACAAAGAACACAGAUAUUCAUCGCAAACACAACUCUUUCCAUCUAUACCAGCUCCCAUAACAACAAGACAAACUCAGACUGAUAUCCAUUUAGCCUGCAAUGCGACGCAACAUCCUCAAACAUGCGAAUCCUCUUUAGGAGAAGCCAAUGUUGUCCCUCCUAACCCAACCCCGAUUCAAAUCAUCCAAUCUGCGAUCUUUGUCUCCUCUCAGAACCUCACAACUGCAAAGUCAAUCCUAAACUCUCUCCUAGCAUCAACUACCAACCCAAACAUCACCACUGCUGCGAAAAUUUGUUUAGAGGUACUGGGAUAUUCGCAGUACCGGAUUUUAUCAGCCAACCAGAGCUUGACACGUGGAGAGAUCAAGAAUGCUCGCGCUUGGAUGAGCGCGGGUCUUUCUUAUCAAUAUGAUUGCUAUGGAGGUCUGAUUUACAACGCUCGUAAUAGUACCUCAAAGCCGAUCAAUGAAACAUUGUUGUUCUUGGAGUCUUUGGUUGGUUUAACUAGCAAUGCGUUAAGCAUGACGAUGUCUUAUGAUUUGUUUGGAAAUGAAACGGAAUCGUGGAGACCUCCCCAAACCGAAAGGGACGGGUUCUGGGAGGAUUCCGUGCUUGAUAGUGUACGGGGGUUUUUCAGAGGUGGAUUUCCAUCAAAGUUAACGGCGGAUGCCACGGUGUGUAAGGAUGAGAGUAAAGAUAACGGAUGCUACAAAACGGUGCAGGAAGCUGUUAACGCGGCACCAGAUAACGCCUUGGACCGGAGGUUUGUGAUACAUAUAAAGGAAGGGGUUUACGAGGAGAUUGUUAGGGUUCCGUUUGAGAAGAAAAAUGUGGUCUUUUUGGGUGAUGGGAUGGGCAAGAGUGUCAUUACCGGGUCGUUGAGUGUCGGUCAGAUUGGAGUGACUACUUAUGAGUCAGCUACAGUUGGAGUUCUUGGUGAUGGAUUUAUGGCCAGUGGUCUAACAAUCCAGAACACAGCAGGAGCCCCCACCCACCAAGCAGUAGCUUUCAGGUCGGAUAGUGAUUUGUCCAUUAUAGAGAACUGUGAAUUUCUGGGCAAUCAAGACACUUUAUAUGCUCAUUCACUCCGCCAAUUUUACAAAUCAUGCCGCAUCGAGGGAAAUGUGGACUUCAUUUUCGGAAACUCAGCUGCAAUUUUUCAAGAUUGCCAGAUAUUAAUCCGUCCAAGGCAAGAAAAGCCAGAAAAAGGCGAAAAAAAUGCCGUCACCGCACAUGGCAGGACAGACCCGGCCCAAUCAACAGGUUUCGUCUUUCAAAAUUGUUUGAUCAAUGGAACUGAGGAAUACAUGGCACUAUAUAGAAGCAACCCUAGCGUGCACAAGAAUUUCUUGGGAAGGCCAUGGAAGGAAUUCUCGAGGACUGUUUUUAUACACUGUAACCUGGAAGCUCUUCUAUCACCACAAGGUUGGAUGCCAUGGAGUGGAGAUUUUGCACUCAAAACACUUUAUUAUGGAGAAUUUGAGAAUUCUGGACCAGGAUCUGACUCGUCUCAGAGAGUAACAUGGAGCAGUCAAAUUCCUGCAGAGCAUGUAGCUACAUAUUCUUUACAGAAUUUCAUUCAAGGAGAUGAGUGGAUUCCAACAUCUUCUUGAUUGUUUAGUCGCAAUAAUAAUGCCGUCUGCCUAGUAUGUUAGGAGAACUUGUCGAAUUAGAUACAAGUUGGUGGGGGAUGAAUCCUUUUGUAAUUACAAAACUUGUGAAAUGAGUGACAAAAUUCCCUAAAUAUAAGAUGGUUACUUUAUCAGGAACUCAUCUAACAGCAGUUGUAUGCAGAAAUUGAUUGUCCUCAGGUUAAUUCCUCUUUUGUUUGUAAGCCACACAUGUUUUUCUUUUCUUUUCAGAUAAA